AGGAACUCCUGUUGAUGACUUGUAAACACAAUGGAUCUAGACAAUAAUAAAAGAGUGAUUUUGGGACUGGUGGGUUUAAAAGUUAAAUGGGAUUAGAACUGUGGGUCUAUAAGCAAAAAAUAAUCCAAUAUUCAAUGACACCCGAGAGGUCCACAAGAAGCAGAGAGAGAGAGAGAGAAAUCGAAAUGGCGAAGUUUUCCAGUCUGAACACAGGAGCAAAGAUCCCCUCUGUGGGCCUGGGCACUUAUAGAGCCCAGCCCGGCGUCGUCGAAGAUGCUGUCAAUUUUGCUGUGAAGGCUGGUUACAGGCACAUCGACUGCGCUUCCUAUUAUGGGAAUGAGAGGGAGAUUGGUUUAGCUUUGAAAAAGCUCUUUGCAGAUGGUGUUAUAAAGCGGGAAGAACUAUUCAUCACCUCCAAACUCUGGUGCACUGAGCACGAUCCAGAAGAUGUGCCGGUGGCAUUGGAUACAACAUUGAAAUGCCUACAACUCGACUAUAUUGAUCUUUACCUUGUAUGCUCCUCUCUCUUGUCAACAUGUAGAUGAAUCUAAUGCUUGGAAUUUUGCCAUGCCGAUUUCUUUUUGAUAUAAAAACUUAGACCUAAGGCCCCCAACGUGCCCCUAAAAGUGAAAAGGGAAAUAUUUACCAUGGUUGAGAGAGGCAUAUGUGAAAACUAACAUGACUGACCCCUCAGAAAAAAAGAUUUUGUAUCCCGUCAAAACAAUGUCCAACCAAAUGUAUGCUAUAAUCCACCUUAUCGAGGAUAUCAAUCUAAUCCA